AUGAGUGGUCCAAUUUUAGUAGGUCUUGGUUUAGCUGCUAUUGGGCUGAUAGGCCGUCAGCUGACCAAACAAAUGAGCUUAAAGAAGGUGCAAGACUUUGUCAAAAUUGCUGGUUUUACAUCAUCGAAGUAUUAUAAAGGUGGGUUUGAACCGAAAAUGUCCCGUCGUGAAGCUGCACUUAUUCUCGGAAUUCCUCAAUCUUCAAAUAAGGCCAAGAUCAGGGAGUCACAUAAACGAAUCAUGCUGAUUAACCAUCCUGAUCGAGGUGGUUCUCCCUACCUCGCAGCUAAAAUCAAUGAGGCCAAAGAUUACCUCGAGAAUGAUAAAUAA